UUUUUUAGCAAUUUAAUGAGAAAGACAUUUUUACCUUUUCCACAGGUUGGCCUGCAAGGUAAUUAUGGGGAAUUCUUUCGGGAAAGAGAACUAAGUGGCAGCUCCAGAGACUCAGGUUAUGGCUCCUUCCUGGGGAUGGGAGGAACAGGCUCACCUCCUGGUAUGUCUUGCAGUAGUCAAGCUUCCAUCUGUGAUGUCCGAAAAGGUCCAAAUGAUUCUCUAGGCCUGCCUUCAAGCAGAGGCAUAAACCAUGACUUCGACCAAUUGACCAGUGAAUUAAAUGCACAGAAAAACUUUUUGGAUAACUUGCAGAGACUCAACCAACUUAAUGGAGGCAGCUCACCAGGCUUAUCCCUUCUCCCUCCACUCAGUGAUCUUGAUCCACUCUUGCUAGGAGGUACAGAUCUUGGGGAUGCUACAACCUUGGGCCUCAGCCAACUCUUGCCCCCAACGCGAGACCUUCCACAUGAUUUCUUGCCCCCAUCUUCCACACCAACCUCAGGUGACCCCUUCUCCUUGUCCUCUCUUGGGGUGAAAUCUAGCCUCAGCUUGGAGGUUAUGCGAGGUCAGCCUUCUUCAUCAGGAACUGGUGUGUCUGUCCAGUCCCAGCAUCAGCCCAGCAGUCUGAGUCAGGCAGAAAAGAACCAGCAGAUGGUUAGUCUUCUUGGAGGAAUGAGCAUUCAUGAUAGUAUCUCACAUUCUAACAUGAACAACCUCACCAGCCAUUCUUUAGGAGCACUUGCAGCAUUAUGUACACCCAGUCUCUCUACUCAGUCACCUGGCCAGGCAAAUGCAUCCCAUAAUGGACACUCUCUUGCAAAUCGACCUCAGUCCUCACCAAAGUAUUUGAACCCACAGCUCUCCAUGUCAGCCAAUGGAGACAUAUCUCCCAGCAUGAUGAGAAAAGAGGAGCGCACUGUAUGCGCCACAUCACAGAGUGGUCAGGGUUCCCCUUCAGAGUCAAGGAUGUCAGACCAACACACAGGACCAGGGAAGGAAGGUCUUGGGCACUGUGGACCUGUAGGACCCCCCCCAAAGGGUCCCUUUUUGGUUCCUCCUCCAACAUUCCCACCAAAUGACAGUGUUCCUCCAUGGGAAUUGCUGCCUCCACUUGGAGAUAUCUUUCCACCCCAUGGACCCCCUCCUCCACUACUGCCACCAAACACAGAUCUUCUGCCUCCGUUUGCAGAUCUUCCUCCCCAUCCUCUCCUCUCUGUGCCACCACCUUUGUUGGGAUUCAGACAUUUUAGGCGAACUGGAGGGAGUGGUGAACUGCACUCGCGCCUUGAAGAAUGCUACGACCAAUUUCGACAGUUGGAGCGUGAAAGAAAAAAGACUGAAGCAGAACUGGCUCGCUGUUUUCCUGGCAAGCGUGUGUCUUCAGCGAACACUGUACCUCUCCCUCGCCUUCCUCCUUCUCCUUCACGAGUCGACCGUCUCAUCAUUGAUCACCUACGAGAACAUGCCAGGGUUGUCACUCUUGUGGGGAAGAUGGAGCGACUGCGAGGAUCACCUCUUCAGCCUGGGAUUCACCGAUCUGUUGCUGUCUGGCAUGAAGCAGUUACAAGUGUGCAGGAAAAGCGUCGUGAUGAAGUAGUCAAUGCUAUAACUCAACGUCAUAACCCUCUCCCGAAUACGCAGAAUACAAGUGAACAAGAUUUGAUGGCAUUAGCUGCAGCAAUGGGAGGUUUAGUGAGUGCCAGCCGUGGAGCCCGAACAGCAAUGUUCUGUGCACUAACCCUGACCACACAUCACAGUGUUGAGCCCAGCCUUGCCACAGCAACAUCUCUACCAGCUCACCUGGUCCCAACAACACACUCCUCAGGGGAUUCCUCAUCACCUGAUUCCAGUCUGGAACCACCUCAACAGUCUCCCUCCUCUGCUUCCUCUUCCUCUGUGUUCUUUAGCCCAACGGUAAGUGGGAGCUUAGAGUCUACCUCCACGGCAUCUUCUUCAAGUGGUGGUAAUGGUUUAGCUAAUAGUUCUGCACCAGUGACGGCAAAUGCUACUUUGGUCAAGGACCUUUCACCGCCAGCUGCAAGUGCCACAAGGUUCAUCUCUACUGCGAUGGUGCCUGUGUCUUCAGCAACCCCUUCCCCUCCAACUUCUUCUGUCAUGUAAGCCAACUGAAGGAUUAUGCCCAUCUAAUCUAAGCAAUUUAUUUGUUCUUUUGAAAUAUGAUUAUCUGUAUACAGUAAUGGAAUUACCCAUAUAUUUAUCUAGAAAUGUGUUAUGUACAAUGUGUAAUAAUGAUGAUUAAAGAAACUAAUAACA